AUGUACAAGAUUAAUGAAAAUGAGACGCGGUGGCGGCAGAACAAGAUGCGCACAAAUAAGAUCGAGAGAGGAGUCGUCGUCGUCGUCGUUGAACGAAUUAAAACCCCACCGACAUCUGCAGGGGAUGUGACGCCUCCUCCAGUUCGGAGAACACGCAAGGGCGUCACCACGCGGCGACAUCAACAUCAAAAAGACGACGACCAGCCACCAUCGGCCAGCUUGGGGCAACGGGAGCGACGGGCUCCCGCGAGUGCUCCCGUUGCCGGUGGUGUACACAACGUAGCGGCUAUAAUUGUACCGGUAGAGCAAGGACUAUUAGAAGGAGAACAAAAAUGGACAGUAACUGGAAACACGUUAUACAACAGUUUUAAAGGUAUCCCAUAUGCCGCUCCUCCGACUGGUGAAUUGAGAUUUAAGGCUCCUCAACCUGCGCUUUAUUGGGAAGGAAUCCGAAAUGCUACGGAACAUGGAAAUGUCUGUCCUCAAGUGGAUCAAUUAACUAAUCAGUUUAUACCUGGAAGCGAAGACUGCCUUUUUUUAAAUGUCUAUACUCCCAAUUUAAAAAGAGACAACUCUCUUUUACCAGUCAUUGUUUUUAUUCACGGUGGUAGCUAUGUAUUUGGUUCGGGGAAUGACGAUAAUUAUAAGUGUGAUUAUCUUGUGGACCAAAAUGUAGUUGCAGUGACAAUAAAUUAUAGACUUGACGCUCCUGGAUUCUUAUGCUUGGAUACUAAAGAAGUACCAGGAAAUGCAGGUAUGAAAGAUCAAGUAGCUGCAUUAAAAUGGGUCCAGAGAAAUAUAGAAAACUUCGGUGGAGAUCCACACCAAGUAACAAUCAUGGGACAGAGUGCGGGAUCUGCGUCUUGUACUUUACACGCAUUGUCACCAAUGUCAAAAGGGCUAUUUAAAAGAGUUAUAGCUAUGAGUGGAGUACCAUUAAGUGAGUUCACCGUUGAAUUUGAAUCAAAACGUAGAGCAUUGAUACUUGGUAAAAUUCUAGGCUUCGAGACAACAAACACUUCCGCUCUCUUAGAAUUUCUCCAAAAUGUGCAUGUAAAAAAAUUAGUUGCCACUAAUCCUUCCGUUAUAGCAAUUGAAGAAUAUAUAAAUCUCGUGAUGAAAUUAUACUUUGUACCUGUAGUGGAAAAAGAUUUUGGCCAAGAAAGAUUUUUAAUAGAGCCACCUGAUGUUUCACUCAAGAAUGGAAGAAUGCAUGAUGUAGAUAUUUUAUUAGGAUAUGCAUCCGCUGAAGGAGUGAUUGGUAUAUUUUUGUAUGAAACGCCUCCUACGAUUGAUAAUUACGAGAGAUUUAGGGAAGCUUUAGUGCCAAGGAAUAUUCUUUAUCAAAGCACACCAAAAAUUACUGUAGAAUUAGGAGAUUUAAUUAAAGAUCACUACAGUGGAUCAGAACCUUUGUCUUUGAAAACUAUGCCACAGUUUGUACAAUUUGUGACGGAUAUGUAUACUUAUAAUAUUAUAAGAUACGCAAGGCAUCUUUCUAAUUCCGUUAUCAGUAACAUUUAUUUAUAUCAAUUUUCUUGUAUGUCCGAACGAAAUAUUUUAAGCCAACAAGGUAAUAAAUACGGAAUAGCUGGAGUUGCACACAAUGAUGAUCUAAUGUAUGUGUUUAAUGGAAAUCGAUACAAUUUACCAAUAACUCAAAAUUCUACUUCUUAUAAAAUGAUUCAAAAUACAUGCACAUUACUGACCAACUUUGCCAAAUAUGGGAAUCCAACACCUGAUUCAUCACUCGGUGUAAAUUGGCCCCAAUUCACUGCAGAAUCCGAAACAUACAUGGAUAUUGGAGAAGAAUUAACCAUCGACACGAAACCAAGGGCUUGUAUGAUGGACUUUUGGAAAAGAAUUUAUGAACGUGCUGAUCUACCUUUUUGA